GGUUGUUCCCACGUUCCCACUUCAACAGCGCAGCACAAGAUGUUGUCCUCAUCAUCGGAGCACCUCCUUCCUUCCUCCUUACAAAGAGUAGCAAGAUCGCCAUGUCGACCAGAUGCCACUACGAGAGCUUGGGGGUUGCCAAGGACGCUUCUUUGGAAGAUAUCAAGACAUCCUUUCGCAGCCUCUCCAAGGAGACACAUCCGGAUGUCGCUCCGCAUGGGUGCCCCAAGCAAAAUGCCGAACGUUUCAAGGAGAUUUCGGAGGCUUAUCGCAUUCUUUCCAACUCGAAAGAUCGGCGUCGUUAUGAUUUGGAACAGCAAGAUCGCUUCUGGUAUCAAAAUCGGAGUCAUAGCAAUGUAAACAAUUAUCAGUACGGUGCUACAUACAAGAACAUGCAGAAGAAUGGUCAACCUAAAGCUAGCGGAAUUUACGGUGUGUUGGACACCAUUUUUCGGCCCCGAAAUUUGCUCAUGGGUGUUGCAUUAGGGAUCGGAUCAACAGUUUUCUAUCAGGUCUUUCUGGUGGAUCAGGAUGCAAAGAAGAAGUUGAUGCAACGGCAACAACACGGCAAUCACCUGGUAGAAGCAUGGAGAAACCCAAAAACAGGUCGAUGGGAACAGGCAGCACCGUGGGAUCCCACAUAUCGGAGAUUACAACCCACGCUCGAAUUGGUUCCCAGAGAACAAGUCCAGACGAGAACCAGGUAGUAAGAAACGCCACUUUGUUUUUUGGAAGUGCCUACAAGUGUCUGGUACCUGCAACACGUUCUUUUGCGUGUGCAAUGGAGCGAUUUAAACCCAGAGAACUGCUGGUUGCGUGCACAUUUCGCAGCUAUUCACCAUCUACUAAAUAGCUGGAUAAAACAGAUUAAAUCCUAUCUAGAAGGUGAGCAGCUAGGCCAACUAUUAUACUGCGCUUCAAGCAAGGAUGGAUCUGUUGCUCUUGCUAAGCAUUUCACAGCCCAACU